AUGUCUAGAGGUUGGGCAAUAUGUGUAGUGUUUGGUGGCAAACAGACGAACUUAAUGUUAUGUGUGUCACAUAAUGACAGUACACGUUCAUUAAUAUGGGACGCCAAGUUAUCACCAAUUAAAGCAAAUGGUUAUGAAAAUAGCAUUAUAAUCCCAAAAAAGGAAAAUAAAAUAAUAUUUUCUACUCAGAUAGUAGCUCUGGGUAACUUUGGCCCACCAAAAAAUAGUGGGACAAAGUUACCCCGGCCUAGAAAACGUGUUUUAACUUAA